AUGGCAUUUGUUUCAGCACAAGGGCCUACUGUGGUGGACCAAACCACUUUGAUGAAAAAAUACCUUCAGUUUGUGGCUGCUCUUACAGAUGUCAAUACACCUGAUGAAACCAAAUUGAAAAUGAUGCAAGAAGUCAGUGAGAAUUUUGAGAAUGUGACAUCCUCCCCUCAGUAUUCUACAUUUCUGGAACACAUCAUCCCUAGGUUUCUCACCUUUCUACAGGAUGGAGAAGUUCAGUUUCUGCAGGAGAAGCCAGCACAGCAACUCCGCAAGCUAGUGCUUGAAAUAAUCCACAGGAUACCAACCAAUGAGCAUCUUCGUCUUCAUACCAAAAAUAUCCUCUCUGUGAUGUUCAGAUUUCUAGAGACGGAGAAUGAAGAAAAUGUCCUAAUUUGCUUAAGAAUCAUUAUUGAAUUGCACAAACAAUUUCGACCAGCAAUCACUCAAGAAAUCCAUCAUUUUUUAGAUUUUGUGAAACAGAUUUAUAAAGAACUUCCAAAAGUAGUGAAUCGGUAUUUUGAGAAUCCUCAGGUGAUUCCAGAGAACACUGUUCCUACUCCUGAAAUGGUUGGCAUGAUAACAACAAUUGUGGUGAAAGUAAACCCUGAGCGAGAAGACAGUGAAACAAGAACACAUUCUAUCAUCCCCAGAGGAUCCUUAUCUUUAAAGGUCUUGGCUGAGCUACCUAUUAUUGUUGUUCUCAUGUAUCAGCUCUACAAACUGAACAUUCAUAAUGUGGUAGCUGAGUUUGUGCCCUUAAUUAUGAACACUAUUAUAAUACAGGUUUCUGCUCAAGCAAGGCAACAUAAACUUUAUAACAAGGAAUUGUAUGCUGAUUUUAUCGCUGCUCAAAUUAAAACCUUGUCUUUUCUGGCUUACAUCAUAAGAAUUUACCAGGAAUUAGUGGCCAAAUAUUCUCAGCAAAUGGUAAAAGGCAUGUUGCAGUUGCUGUCCAACUGCCCAGCUGAAACAGCACACCUCCGGAAGGAGCUUCUGAUUGCUGCUAAGCACAUCUUGACCACAGACUUGAGGAGCCAAUUUAUUCCAUGUAUGGACAAGCUAUUUGAUGAAUCUAUACUAAUUGGCUCUGGAUACACUGCCCGAGAGACACUGAGACCACUUGCAUAUAGCACAUUGGCAGACCUGGUGCAUCAUGUCCGUCAGCAUUUACCACUCAAUGAUCUCUCCCUUGCUGUCCAGUUAUUUGCCAAGAACAUUGAUGAUGAAUCAUUGCCUAGCAGUAUCCAGACAAUGUCUUGCAAACUUCUGCUCAAUUUGGUAGACUGUAUCCGGUCUAAAAGUGAACAGGAAAAUGGAAAUGGUAGAGAUAUUCUUAUGAGAAUGCUGGAGGUUUUUGUGUUGAAGUUUCACACUAUAGCACGUUACCAGCUUUCUGUCAUCUUUAAAAAGUGCAAGCCACAGUCGGAACUUGGAGCUGCUGAAGCUGCGUUACCAGGAGUACCCACAGCAGCAAAUGCAGCACCUGUUCCUGUUCCAUCUCCUGCCCCUGCCACUCCAGUGGCCCCUGCACCAGUACCUGUGUUUGAAAAACAAGGGGAGAAAGAAAAAGAAGAUAAACAGACGUUUCAGGUCACAGAUUGCCGAAGCUUAGUGAAAACCUUGGUCUGUGGUGUCAAAACGAUCACGUGGGGCAUAACAUCCUGCAAAGCUCCUGGUGAAGCACAGUUCAUUCCCAAUAAGCAAUUGCAACCUAAGGAGACUCAAAUCUAUAUCAAACUGGUAAAAUAUGCAAUGCAAGCUUUAGAUAUUUAUCAGGUCCAAAUAGCAGGAAAUGGACAGACAUAUGUGCGGGUGGCAAACUGUCAGACAGUCAGGAUGAAAGAGGAAAAAGAAGUUCUGGAGCAUUUUGCUGGUGUGUUCACAAUGAUGAAUCCUUUAACUUUUAAAGAAAUCUUUCAAACUACUGUUCCUUACAUGGUGGAGAGAAUCUCAAAAAACUAUGCUCUUCAGAUUGUUGCCAAUUCCUUUUUGGCAAACCCUACUACCUCUGCCCUCUUUGCAACGAUUUUGGUAGAAUAUCUUCUGGAUCGGCUGCCAGAAAUGGGCUCUAAUGUGGAACUUUCCAAUCUGUAUCUCAAGCUGUUCAAGUUAGUCUUUGGCUCCGUUUCGCUAUUUGCAGCUGAAAACGAGCAAAUGCUGAAGCCACAUUUACACAAGAUUGUGAACAGCUCUAUGGAACUUGCACAGACUGCCAAAGAGCCCUACAACUAUUUCCUGCUGCUCAGAGCACUGUUCAGAUCUAUUGGAGGAGGCAGUCAUGAUCUGUUGUAUCAAGAAUUCUUGCCACUGUUACCAAACUUACUGCAAGGACUUAAUAUGUUGCAAAGUGGCCUUCAUAAACAACACAUGAAAGACUUGUUUGUAGAGCUCUGCCUCACUGUGCCAGUUCGUUUGAGCUCACUACUGCCUUACCUGCCGAUGCUGAUGGAUCCCUUGGUGUCAGCUCUCAAUGGAUCUCAGACCCUGGUUAGCCAGGGCUUAAGAACUCUUGAAUUAUGUGUGGAUAACUUGCAGCCAGACUUCCUGUAUGAUCACAUUCAGCCAGUUCGAGCUGAGCUAAUGCAGGCUUUGUGGCGUACACUGCGCAAUCCUGCAGACAGCAUUUCGCAUGUGGCUUAUCGUGUACUUGGUAAAUUUGGUGGAAGUAACAGGAAGAUGUUAAAGGAAUCACAGAAACUACAAUAUGUAGUCACAGAGAUCCAAGGACCAAGUAUCACUAUUGAAUUUUCAGACUGUAAAGCGUCCAUUCAGCUCCCAAUGGAAAAGGCAAUCGAGACUGCUCUGGACUGUUUGAAGAGCGCUAACACAGAACCGUAUUAUCGGAGGCAAGCGUGGGAAGUCAUCAAGUGUUUCUUAGUAGCUAUGAUGAGCCUGGAUGAUAACAAACAUGCAUUAUACCAACUUCUUGCACAUCCCAACUUUACUGAGAAGUCCAUACCCAGCGUGAUUAUUUCUCAUCGGUACAAAGCUCAGGAUACUCCAGCACGUAAAACAUUUGAACAGGCAUUGACAGGGGCGUUCAUGUCAGCAGUCAUCAAAGAUCUGAGGCCAAGUGCUCUGCCUUUUGUAGCCAGCUUAAUCCGCCAUUACACAAUGGUGGCAGUUGCUCAGCAGUGUGGUCCUUUUUUACUGCAGUGCUAUCAGGUUGGAAGCCAGCCUAGCACAGCCAUGUUUCAUAGUGAAGAAAAUGGGUCAAAAGGCAUGGAUCCUUUGGUGCUUAUCGAUGCCAUAGCAAUCUGCAUGGCAUACGAGGAGAAGGAGCUCUGCAAAAUAGGAGAGGUGGCUCUAGCAGUGAUAUUUGAUGUUGCAAGCAUUAUCUUGGGUUCAAAGGAAAGGGCUUGUCAGCUUCCCUUGUUUUCCUACAUUGUGGAACGUUUAUGUGCUUGCUGCUAUGAACAAGCAUGGUAUGCCAAACUGGGAGGUGUUGUGUCAAUUAAAUUUCUUAUGGAACGACUGCCACUAAUUUGGGUCCUCCAGAACCAGCAGACUUUCCUGAAGGCACUUCUUUUUGUUAUGAUGGAUCUAACUGGAGAGGUUUCCAAUGGAGCAGUAGCUAUGGCAAAGACCACGUUGGAACAGCUUUUGAUUAGAUGUGCAACUCCUUUAAAAGAUGAAGAAAAAACAGAAGAAAUCCUAGUAGCACAGGAAAAGUCUUUCCAUCAUGUAACACAUGACCUUGUUCGAGAAGUAACCUCUCCCAACUCUACUGUGAGAAAACAGGCCAUGCAUUCCCUGCAGGUACUUGCACAGGUCACUGGGAAAAGUGUCACGGUGAUUAUGGAGCCACAUAAAGAGGUUCUCCAAGACAUGGUACCACCUAAAAAGCACUUACUUAGGCACCAACCUGCAAAUGCCCAAAUUGGCCUCAUGGAGGGAAAUACAUUUUGCACAACUCUGCAGCCCCGAUUGUUUACAAUGGAUCUAAACGUUGUGGAACACAAGGUUUUCUACACAGAGUUACUGAAUUUAUGUGAGGCUGAAGAUACCGCCUUAAUGAAACUACCUUGUUACAAAAGUCUUCCAUCUCUUGUACCUCUUCGAAUUGCAGCCUUAAAUGCACUAGCGGCUUGCAAUUAUUUGCCUCAGUCAAGAGAGAAAAUCAUUGCUGCACUUUUCAAGGCACUUAAUUCAACAAAUAAUGAACUGCAGGAGGCAGGAGAAGCUUGCAUGAGAAAGUUCUUGGAAGGGGCUACCAUAGAAGUUGAUCAAAUCCACACACACAUGAGACCAUUACUUAUGAUGCUGGGAGACUAUCGAAGCUUGACACUGAAUGUUGUGAAUCGUUUGACAUCUGUCACUAGACUUUUCCCAAACUCUUUUAAUGAUAAAUUCUGUGAUCAGAUGAUGCAACACCUGCGUAAAUGGAUGGAAGUUGUAGUUAUUACACACAAAGGUGGACAACGGAGUGAUGGAAAUAAGAACAAUUCUGAGUAUGAGAGGUAUUCAGUGUCUCCAUUCUUUCAUUUUGAGCCUGCUGCGGAAGGGGUAGAGGAAAUGAAGAUUUGUUCAGCAAUUAUAAAUUUAUUCCACCUUAUCCCAGCUGCCCCUCAGACUUUGGUUAAACCUCUGCUGGAAGUUGUUAUGAAAACAGAACGAGCAAUGUUAAUUGAGGCUGGCAGUCCAUUCAGGGAACCAUUGAUAAAAUUUUUGACACGUCAUCCAUCCCAGACUGUGGAGCUGUUCAUGAUGGAAGCCACUUUAAAUGAUCCACAGUGGAGCAGAAUGUUUAUGAGUUUCUUAAAACAUAAAGAUGCCAAACCUCUGCGAGAUGUACUGGCAGCUAAUCCUAACAGAUUUAUCACUCUGCUGUUACCUGUUGGUACCCAAGCAGCUGUUAGACCUGGUUCUCCAAGCACUACCACAAUGCGUCUUGAUCUACAGUUUCAGGCUAUCAAGAUCAUAAGUAUUAUUGUUAAGAAUGAUGAAUGUUGGUUAGCAAAUCAGCAUUCCUUGGUGAAUCAGCUGAAACGUGUAUGGGUGAGUGAAGCUUUUCAGGAGAGACACCGUAAGGAGAAUAUGGCUGCAACAAAUUGGAAGGAGCCAAAGCUGUUAGCAUACUGCUUAUUGAAUUACUGCAAAAGGAAUUACGGCGAUAUAGAGUUGCUCUUCCAGUUGCUUCGAGCUUUUACGGGCCGAUUUCUCUGCAAUAUGACUUUCUUAAAGGAAUACAUGGAAGAAGAGAUCCCCAAAAACUACAGCAUUCCCCAAAAGCGGGCUUUGUUCUUCCGGUUUGUAGACUUCAAUGAUCCCAACUUUGGAGACGAGCUCAAAGCAAAGGUGCUGCAACAUAUCUUGAAUCCUGCUUUCUUGUACAGUUUUGAAAAGGGAGAAGGUGAACAACUGUUGGGACCUCCAAACCCAGAAGGAGAUAAUCCAGAAAGUAUCACUAGUGUUUUUAUAACAAAGGUACUUGAUCCAGAAAAACAGGCUGAUAUGCUGGAUUCUCUGAGGAUAUAUCUCUUGCAGUUUGCCACACUUCUAGUUGAGCAUGCUCCACAUCACAUUCAUGACAACAACAAAAACCGGAACAGCAAACUGCGACGCCUGAUGACGUUUGCUUGGCCUUGCCUCCUGUCCAAGGCGUGUGUGGACCCAGCAUGCAAAUACAGUGGCCACUUGCUUUUGGCACACAUCAUUGCAAAAUUUGCCAUACAUAAGAAGAUAGUUUUGCAGGUUUUUCACAGUCUUCUAAAAGCUCAUGCGAUGGAGGCCCGAGCUAUUGUCAGGCAAGCGAUGGCUAUUCUGACUCCAGCUGUGCCUGCUAGAAUGGAGGAUGGACAUCAGAUGCUGACUCACUGGACACGAAAAAUCAUUGUGGAAGAGGGUCACACGGUUCCCCAACUAGUACACAUUUUGCACUUGAUAGUACAACAUUUCAAGGUUUAUUAUCCAGUGAGACAUCACUUGGUUCAGCAUAUGGUUAGUGCCAUGCAGAGACUGGGCUUCACUCCCAGUGUUACAAUAGAGCAAAGAAAAUUAGCUGUGGAUCUUGCUGAAGUAGUUAUUAAAUGGGAAUUGCAAAGAAUUAAAGACCAGCAGCCAGAUUCAGAUAUGGACUCAAGUGCAAGUGGAGAAGGAGCGAGUUCUGCCUCGUCUGCUGUUAAAAGAGGAUUGUCUGUGGAUUCUGGCCAAGAAGUAAAACGAUUCAGGACAGCUACAGGAGCAAUAAGUGCUGUAUUUGGACGUAGCCAAUCUUUGCCAGGAGCUGAUGCACUUCUUGCCAAGCCGAUUGACAAGCAGCAUACAGAUACAGUCGUGAAUUUCUUGAUUAGAAUUGCUUGCCAGGUAAAUGACAACUCAAACACUGCUGGGUCUCCUGGGGAAUUGCUGUCUCGACGCUGUGUUAACCUUCUGAAAACAGCUUUACGACCAGACAUGUGGCCAAAAUCAGAACUGAAGUUACAGUGGUUUGAUAAGCUGCUAAUGACUGUGGAACAGCCCAAUCAAGCUAACUUUGCCAACAUUUGCACUGGCUUAGAGGUCUUAAGUUUUCUGUUAACUGUACUGCAGCCCCCUGCUAUCCUUAGCAGCUUCAAACCCCUGCAACGAGGUGUAGCAGCUUGCAUGACCUGUGGAAACACCAAGGUUUUGAGAGCGGUUCACAGUCUGCUUUCUCGUCUGAUGGGUAUUUUCCCUACAGAACCAAGUACCUCAAGUGUAGCUUCCAAAUAUGAAGAGCUUGAGUGCCUUUAUGCUGCAGUUGGAAAGGUUAUUUAUGAAGGACUUACUAAUUAUGAAAAAGCCACUAAUGCAAACCCUUCUCAGCUCUUUGGUACUUUAAUGAUCCUUAAGUCUGCAUGCAGUAACAAUCCCAGCUACAUUGACAGGCUGAUUUCAGUCUUUAUGAGGUCUCUGCAGAAGAUGGUCAGGGAACACUUAAACCCACAGGCUACAGCAGGAACAGCAGAAGCAACUACAGGUACAAGUGAACUGGUAAUGCUAAGCCUGGAUCUUGUGAAAACUCGCUUGGCUGUGAUGAGUAUGGAAAUGAGGAAAAAUUUUAUACAAGCUAUUCUAACGUCUCUCAUUGAAAAAUCUACUGAUGCCAAAAUUCUUCGUGCAGUGGUGAAAAUAGUGGAAGAAUGGGUGAAAAACAAUUCCCCAAUGGCAGCUAAUCAGACACCUACUCUCCGGGAGAAGUCCAUUUUACUAGUGAAAAUGAUGACUUACAUUGAAAAGCGUUUUCCAGAAGACCUUGAAUUAAAUGCCCAGUUCUUAGACCUUGUUAACUAUGUCUAUAGGGAUGAGAAUCUCUCUGGUAGUGAACUCACUGCUAAGCUUGAGCCAGCAUUCCUAUCGGGUUUGCGUUGUGCCCAGCCACUCAUCCGAGCCAAAUUUUUUGAGGUCUUUGACAAUUCAAUGAAACGUCGUGUUUAUGAACGCCUGCUUUAUGUGACCUGCUCUCAAAACUGGGAAGCAAUGGGGAAUCACUUCUGGAUAAAGCAGUGCAUUGAGCUCCUGCUGGCAGUGUGUGAGAGAAAUACUACCAUUGGGACAAGCUGUCAGGGUGCUAUGCUGCCCUCCAUCACCAACGUUAUCAACCUUGCUGACAGCCACGACAGAGCAGCAUUCGCUAUGGUAACCCACGUCAAACAGGAGCCUCGUGAAAGGGAAAACAGCGAAUCCAAAGAAGAGGAUGUUGAAAUAGACAUUGAAUUGGCUCCUGGAGAUCAGACCAGUACACCUAAAACUAAGGAACUUUCUGAGAAGGACAUUGGCAAUCAGCUGCACAUGUUGACCAACCGGCAUGACAAAUUUCUUGACUCUCUUCGAGAAGUGAAGACUGGAGCAUUACUGAGUGCCUUUGUCCAGUUAUGCCAUAUUUCUACACCUUUAGCAGAGAAGACUUGGAUACAGCUUUUUUCACGACUUUGGAAGAUCUUGUCUGACCGACAACAACAUGCUCUAGCAGGUGAAAUAAGCCCUUUCUUGUGCAGUGGUAGCCAUCAAGUCCAGCGAGAUUGCCAGCCGAGUGCCCUGAAUUGCUUCGUGGAAGCAAUGUCACAGUGUGUUCCUCCCAUUCCCAUCAGACCUUGUGUCCUGAAAUACUUGGGGAAAACUCACAAUCUCUGGUUUCGUUCUACCCUCAUGCUGGAACAUCAAGCCUUUGAAAAAGGACUGAGUCUACAGAUUAAGCCUAAACAGACAACAGAGUUCUAUGAGCAGGAAAGCAUAACUCCUCCUCAGCAGGAAAUACUGGAUUCCCUUGCUGAGCUGUACUCCCUGCUACAAGAGGAGGAUAUGUGGGCUGGGCUGUGGCAGAAACGCUGCAAAUUCCCAGAGACAGCAACAGCUAUUGCCUAUGAACAGCAUGGCUUUUUUGAACAGGCACAAGAAACUUAUGAAAAAGCAAUGGAAAAGGCUAAAAAAGAGCAUGAACGGAGCAAUGCUUCCCCUUCAAUAUUUCCUGAGUAUCAGCUCUGGGAAGAUCAUUGGAUUCGCUGCUCAAAGGAAUUGAACCAGUGGGAACCUUUGACAGAAUAUGGCCAGUCAAAAGGUCAUAUAAAUCCUUACCUAGUGCUGGAAUGUGCAUGGAGGGUCUCAAAUUGGACUGCUAUGAAGGAAGCUCUGGUUCAGGUGGAGUUGAGUUGUCCAAAAGAGAUGGCAUGGAAAGUGAAUAUGUACAGAGGGUACUUAGCAAUCUGCCAUCCAGAGGAGCAGCAGCUGAACUUCAUUGAGCGCCUGGUGGAGAUGGCAAGUAGCUUGGCUAUCCGGGAGUGGCGAAGGCUUCCUCACGUGGUCUCCCAUGUUCAUACCCCACUUCUCCAGGCAGCACAGCAAAUAAUUGAACUUCAAGAAGCAGCCCAAAUAAAUGCAGGAUUGCAACCAACUAAUCUGGGGAGGAACAACAGCUUGCAUGAUAUGAAGACCGUUGUAAAGACUUGGAGGAACAGGUUACCGAUUGUGUCAGAUGAUUUAUCCCACUGGAGCAGCAUUUUCAUGUGGAGACAACAUCAUUACCAGGCCAUUGUCACUGCGUAUGAAAAUAGUUCUCAGCAUGAUCCUAGCUCCAAUAAUGCCAUGUUGGGAGUUCAUGCUUCUGCAUCAGCAAUUAUCCAGUAUGGAAAGAUUGCUCGAAAGCAAGGGCUGGUCAACGUAGCUCUGGAUAUCCUGAGCCGCAUCCACACCAUUCCAACUGUGCCCAUCGUGGACUGCUUUCAGAAGAUUCGCCAGCAAGUCAAAUGCUAUCUCCAGCUGGCUGGAGUCAUGGGCAAAAAUGAGUGCAUGCAGGGCCUUGAAGUUAUUGAAUCAACCAAUCUGAAGUACUUCACCAAGGAGAUGACUGCUGAGUUUUAUGCGUUGAAGGGAAUGUUCUUGGCACAGAUUAACAAGUCUGAAGAAGCAAAUAAAGCUUUUUCUGCAGCUGUGCAAAUGCAUGAUGUCCUAGUGAAAGCCUGGGCAAUGUGGGGUGAUUACCUGGAGAAUAUCUUUGUGAAAGAACGUCAGCUUCACCUGGGAGUGUCUGCAAUUACUUGCUACCUGCAUGCAUGUCGUCAUCAAAAUGAGAGCAAAUCAAGAAAAUACUUGGCAAAGGUGCUUUGGCUGCUGAGUUUUGAUGAUGAUAAGAACACCUUAGCUGAUGCGGUAGACAAGUAUUGUAUUGGGGUCCCACCCAUUCAGUGGUUGGCCUGGAUUCCACAGCUGUUGACAUGCCUGGUUGGAUCAGAGGGCAAACUCCUUCUGAACCUCAUCAGUCAGGUGGGAAGAGUCUAUCCCCAAGCUGUCUACUUCCCUAUCAGGACCCUCUAUUUGACCUUAAAGAUAGAACAACGAGAGCGCUACAAGAGCGAUUCUGGGCAACAACAGCCAAGUUCAGUUGGAAAUCAGUCCCACUCUGCCUCAGAUCCAGGGCCAAUCAGAGCCACUGCACCAAUGUGGCGAUGCAGCAGAAUUAUGCAUAUGCAGCGAGAAUUGCAUCCAACCCUUUUGUCUUCUCUGGAAGGCAUUGUGGAUCAGAUGGUCUGGUUCAGAGAGAAUUGGCAUGAAGAGGUUCUUAGACAACUGCAGCAGGGCUUGGCAAAGUGCUAUUCAGUUGCCUUUGAGAAAAGUGGAGCUGUUUCAGAUGCCAAAAUCACUCCUCACACACUAAAUUUUGUCAAGAAGUUAGUCAGCACUUUUGGAGUAGGUCUGGAGAAUGUCUCUAAUGUGUCCACCAUGUUUUCUAGUGCAGCCUCAGAGUCAUUAGCUAGGAGAGCACAGGCAACUGCUCAAGAUCCUGUGUUCCAGAAGCUAAAAGGGCAAUUUACAACAGACUUUGACUUCAGUGUGCCAGGGUCAAUGAAACUCCACAAUCUUAUCUCCAAACUGAAGAAAUGGAUCAAAAUCCUGGAGGCAAAAACUAAACAGCUUCCAAAGUUCUUCCUCAUAGAGGAAAAGUGCCGCUUUCUAAGUAAUUUUUCAGCUCAAACUGCAGAAGUGGAGAUACCUGGAGAAUUCCUUAUGCCAAAGCCAACACAUUACUACAUCAAGAUAGCAAGGUUUAUGCCCAGAGUGGAGAUAGUUCAAAAGCACAAUACUGCAGCUAGAAGACUCUAUAUCCGAGGCCAUAAUGGGAAGAUUUAUCCGUAUCUGGUGAUGAAUGAUGCUUGCCUGACGGAGUCACGGCGAGAAGAGAGGGUGUUACAACUUCUUCGCCUGUUGAACCCCUGCUUAGAGAAAAGGAAGGAAACCACAAAAAGACAUUUGUUUUUUACAGUGCCCCGUGUGGUAGCGGUUUCUCCACAGAUGCGUUUGGUUGAAGACAACCCCUCUUCACUUUCCCUGGUGGAGAUCUACAAGCAGCGCUGUGCCAAGAAGGGCAUUGAGCAUGACAACCCUAUUUCCCGUUACUAUGACAGACUGGCAACCGUCCAAGCACGAGGGACUCAAGCUAGCCAUCAGGUUCUGAGAGACAUACUUAAAGAAGUGCAGAGCAACAUGGUGCCACGCAGCAUGCUGAAGGAAUGGGCUUUGCACACAUUCCCCAACGCCACCGAUUACUGGACUUUCCGAAAGAUGUUCACCAUCCAGUUGGCCCUGAUUGGCUUUGCAGAAUUCAUCUUUCACUUAAAUAGACUCAACCCUGAAAUGCUGCAGAUUGCCCAGGAUACUGGCAAGCUCAAUGUGGCUUACUUUCGCUUUGACAUUAAUGAUGCUACCGGAGAUUUGGAUGCCAACCGUCCGGUCCCGUUCCGGCUUACACCAAACAUUUCUGAAUUCCUUACCACCAUUGGGGUGUCUGGGCCACUGACUGCAUCUAUGAUUGCAGUAGCCCGCUGCUUUGCACAGCCAAACUUUAAGGUUGAUGGCAUCCUAAAAACUGUGCUACGGGAUGAAAUAAUUGCAUGGCACAAAAAAACACAAGAGGAUACUUCCUCUCCACUCUCAGCAGCUGGACAGCCUGAAAAUAUGGACAGUCAGCAGCUGGUCUCACUGGUUCAAAAAGCUGUUACUGCUAUCAUGACUCGACUUCAUAAUCUUGCUCAGUUUGAAGGAGGAGAAAGCAAAGUCAACACUCUGGUAGCAGCUGCAAAUAGCUUGGAUAAUCUCUGUCGUAUGGAUCCUGCCUGGCACCCCUGGCUCUAA